AUACAAAAUUAAAAUAUUUAAUGAGUACUUUAUUUGUUUCAUUCAAGCUUCAUUUUUUAAAUGUUCUAAUGAGAACAUUUAAAAAAGAACAGGAUUUGAUUAAGUAGAACAUAUUUGAAUUUGGUAUAAUCUGCUUUGUUGAGGGGUAUGCUAUACAUGCCAGAUCUUUCUAUUACUGCCCAAAUAGCCUUAUUGUUAGAAAGGAGUUUUCAUAGUAAUGGGAAUGGAGAAACAGGCAAUCUUAAUUGAUGAGAAUGUAACACUGUAGCUAAAUGAUACAUGAAAGAUCUCAUAGUUGCAGCGAUCCAGAUGGAAACUUUACUUCAGAAUGCAAAGAAAAGUUUGCAUUAACGUUUUGAUGAAAUUCUACAAGAAAGCAAAGUAUGACAUUCCUUCAUAUUUGCUUAUUAUAUAUUAUAUGGUUAACAGAAAAUAAUUUUUAUUCAUAUGGAAAAGAAAUACUUUUGAAUGAUGAAAUAUUCACAUUAAACAUAAGCCAAAUAAUAGAAAAUUUGAAUUCUUCAAUUGCUCUUUUUACUUCAAGAAAUAAAAACUUAUCAAAAUAUAAUGAAGAAAUUUCACUUCAACCAACUUCUACAAAAACUAAGAUAAUUGAAGUUUUCACAAAAAUAGUGUUUUCAAACUUUGAUGAUAAACAGUAUAAUUCUGUGUACACUAGUGAUAAACAUUCUAGAUCUUAUUCUAGUAUAAAAUUAAGAUCUAGUAUAGUUGAAAAUAUUGACAUGGCUGAUGAAGAAUUACAUAUGUCAGCUAAGAAUUCUGUUAAAACAUUAAAUUUACAUAAUAAUAAUAAUAAUAAUAAUAAUAGCAAUGUUGCUAUGACAACUAAUUUAUAUUACAAUUCAAUAGGUUCUGUUGAAAGUCAUAUAGCUCGUACAUCUUUACAAUUCCAUAAUGGUUCCGAUGGCUUGCAUGAAAGUGAAUUAGAUAAUUUGUUUAUAAAUGUCUUUCUAAACCAUUCAUAUAUGGAUCAUAAAUUUAUUUCUGAUAUUAAAACCACAAGUACACUUUCCACUGAUAUAGUUAAUUUAAAAACUGAUUAUUUUUCAGUAAGUGCUGACCAUUUAGAAAACCAAAUAACAUAUUCUGAAGUAUAUUUAAUUCCAUCAUUCAUGCCAUCAAAAGAAGAAACUUUGACUACAUUACAUAGAUCUACAAAUUCAACACAAAUAGAAUAUUCUGUGAUAUCUUCUGUUUUGCCUUCUAAAUAUCCCAUUAAAGAAAAUCCUAGAAUAUGGAUAAAAAGUAACAAAACUGAAAAUAAUACAAUUGAUAUUUGUAAUAUUUAUGUAAAACCAUUUUCUUAUGAAUUCAGCAUAAUUUUUAAUUGUACUGAAGAAUGUGAAUUACAAUUUCUUAAGUAUUUGCGACAAUAUUUUGAUGAUAAAAACUGCGAAAUACAUAAAACUGCCUUUAUUAAAGGAUUUCCUGCAAUAUUUAGUUGGACAAAUAUUUCUGUGAAUAAUAAUAAUAGAUGUAAUUUGACUGAAAUAGAUUUAGAGUGGUUUAAAAUGGUUGAAAGAAAUGAAAGUUUAAAAACAGAAUUUGUAGAAAAGUUUUUACCCAAUAUACAGAUAAUAAAAGCACACAAGAGAUAUAUUGGUGUGUGCUUAGAAGUCAAAAAUUCAAAUUUGUUACAUAUGAUAAUUAUUACAGUUUUUACUGUAUUGAUGUUAUUAUUUGUUAUUAUUGGUUUGAUAUUUAAAAAGAAAGUUUUAAUUUUUAAAAUCAGAUUCAAGGACAGGUUUAAUAAUUUAGAUAUGUUGGGUUGUCGACCUCCAAUCAUUUUACCUAUGGAAAAACAGUAAUUUGUUUCCAAUUUUUUUUUUUUUUAAAGUUGUAUGUUUUUUAAUGAUUUGGAAAUGUAAAUAAUUGUAAAUUACAUAAAACAAAUCAAUAUCAGAAUAUUUGUUUAAAAACAAAUGUUUUUAAUUAAAUUUUUGUAAUGAAAAGAAAGUUAAAAUUAAUUAAAAACAUUUGUUUUCUUCAAAAUUUGCUGCUGUAACAUGAAGAUACACUGUCACUGAUUUACACAUGUAAAGUUGAUUUGUUUGAGAUGUAAUACAUUUUAAGUAUUUUAUGGUUUACUAUUGAAGUAACCAAAGCAUGUAUAUUAACUUAUAAAUUCUUUAUUUGAUGAUAUAAAUACAUAUUAGGCAGCAAUUUGAAAAAAUUGUAGACCUAUAAAUUUCCAUUGUUGUUUGUCCGUCUGCCUUUCCU